GCGGCUCUCUUUCAGAUCCCGGAGCCUCCGUCUCCCUCCCGUGACGUCAUUAUGAAUGGCCAGUGACGUAUUAGGAAGUGGCCGGGAGCGGAGGAUAGUUAGAAGGCACCAUGAUGAGCUCCUCGCAAAGCACAGUUGGCAGUGAUCCUGUCAUUCUCGCUACAGCCGGUUACGACCACACCGUACGCUUCUGGCAAGCCCAUAGUGGUAUCUGUACUCGCACAGUGCAGCACCAAGACUCUCAAGUGAAUGCCCUUGAAGUUACCCCUGAUCGGUGCCUGAUUGCAGCAGCAGGAUAUCAGCAUAUCCGCAUGUAUGAUCUGAACUCCAACAACCCAAACCCUGUGAUUAAUUACGAUGGAGUGAGCAAAAACAUCACCUCCGUUGGGUUUCAUGAAGAUGGACGUUGGAUGUACACCGGAGGAGAAGACUGCAUGGCUAGAAUCUGGGAUUUGAGGUCUCGUAAUCUCCAGUGCCAGCGAAUAUUCCAGGUGAACGCUCCAAUCAACUGUGUCUUCUUACAUCCCAACCAGGCUGAGCUUAUUGUUGGCGACCAAAGUGGGGCAAUUCACAUCUGGGACCUAAAAACUGACCAUAACGAGCAAAUUAUUCCGGAGAACGAAGCCGCUGUCAACGCAGUCCACAUCGAUCCGGACGCCAGUUAUAUGGCCGCCGUAAACAGCGCUGGCACCUGCUUUGUUUGGAACCUGACAGGCGGACUCGGAGAGGAUAUAACUCAGCUCAUCCCGAAAACCAAAAUACCAGCUCACAAACGUUGUGCUUUGAGGUGUAAAUUUAGUCCAGAUUCCACCCUGCUUGCCACGUGCUCUGCUGACCAAACUUGUAAAAUCUGGAGAACGUCAAACUUUUCCCUAAUGACUGAACUGAGCAUCAAAAGCAAUAACCCUGGGGAGACGUCACGCGGCUGGAUGUGGGACUGCGCAUUCUCUGGCGACUCUCAGUACAUCGUCACAGCCUCUUCUGAUAAUCUGGCACGGCUGUGGUGCGUUGAAACCGGCGAGAUCAAGCGGGAGUACAGUGGACAUCAGAAAGCAGUGGUGUGCCUUGCCUUCAAUGACAGUGUGUUGGGAUAAAUAUCUUGGGUGUUCCGUGACAUUUCCGUGACAACCCUGCUAGAAGAAAAGGUUUAAGCCUUCAACUAGUGGUGUACCGCGGCAGUCCAACACUAGUCCUCGUGUAAAUAAGAACAAUAUGUCAUCAAAGCACUGGGAACUGAAAUUGUGCAUUAUGCUGUCACGUUGUAUAACAUCACUUAACAAGUCAGAAAGAGUAAACCGUGCCCAGUGCUAGAUCUCUGCCUGCGGCUAGCAAAGCAUCAUGGGAGACUGAGUUCCUCUACAGCUGGAGAGCGUUUCCUGUUACACAUUACCCAACCUCUGCUGGGCAUUGGAAAUCUGUCUCAGGUGGAGAGCCACCUGUUGCUUCCACAAGACCUCAGCUCUGCUGGCAAAGCAUAUUGGCAGCAAUCUUCUGGCUAUCCCUGACAUGCCUUCUGGCUGGCAAAGCAUUAUGGGAGUUGUAGUUACCCAAAAGCUGUAGCGCUACCUCUCCUCUGCCCUACUUCAGCACACUGCUGCUCAGUCUGUAAUAUAUAUGUGUGUGAGUAUCAAGAGGAUUUUGUAAGAUCUCUCAGCUUUUGAAACCGGUGUCUAAAGCUAGUCAAUAAAAAAA